CCCCAUCAACCCAUGGGCCAUGGCUUUGGCGUUGCCGAAAGGACCACCUAAAACGACGCCGUGGUGGGAGAAGCAAUCUUGUUGUGAAUCUCAUAGUGCCACCCAUCAAAGAUUCCAUCACGAAAGCCCUUGGUGUUUUCCUUGCUCAUGUGGCAUUAUCACCAAUCCUCCUCCCUCUCCUUCAUCUUUCAUCUUCGUACUUUCCAGUUGCAGUGCAUUUGAUAUGGCUGUCAAUGCCGGCUUUUCUCUGCCCGCCAUCUGUUCGCUAUAUUCAUCAUCAAAGCUCUCCACAAGCCGACAGAGGCAGAAUGGGAAUCUGGUAAUUGUCUGUGGAUCUUCAAAUGGGGGAGGGCUGGAGCUCAAAUCCGCAGCUUCGCGGAGGCAGAAGGGGAAGUUGGUAAUUGUUUGUGCAUCUUCAAAUGGGCGAGGGCCGGAGUCCCUGGAGGAUGGUGUCAAGAAGGUUGAGCGCAUUCUUGAGGAGAAGCGCCGCGCUGAGUUAUCAGCUCGGAUUGCUUCUGGGGAGUUCACGGUGGAGAAACCUGGCUCUCCAGCUUUGUUGAAAAAUAGUUUAGCAAAAGUGGGAAUCCCUAGUGAGAUUUUGAACUUUUUGUUUAAAUGGAUGGAAGUAUCUGAGGAUUAUCCAAAGGUUCCUGAGGCAAAAGGGUCAAUUAGAGCUGUUCAGAGUGAGGCUUUUUUCAUCCCCUUAUAUGAGCUAUACCUAACUUAUGGUGGAAUUUUCAGAUUGACAUUUGGUCCAAAGUCCUUUCUGAUCGUUUCCGAUCCUUCCAUUGCUAAACAUGUAUUGAGGGACAACUCCAAGGCCUAUUCAAAAGGUAUCUUGGCCGAGAUCCUAGAAUUUGUAAUGGGUAAGGGCCUUAUCCCGGCUGAUGGAGAGCUAUGGCGUGUUAGACGACGUGCCAUAGUCCCAGCAUUGCAUCAGAAGUAUGUAGCAGCUAUGAUUAGCUUGUUUGGACAAGCUACAGAUAGGCUCUGUAAGAAGUUAGAUGCUGCUGCAUCUGAUGGGGAGGAUGUAGAGAUGGAAUCACUUUUCUCUCAUUUGACAUUGGAUAUCAUCGGCAAAGCAGUAUUUAAUUAUGAUUUUGAUUCUUUGACAAAUGAUGCUGGGAUAGUUGAGGCUGUUUACGCUGUCUUGCGAGAAGCAGAAGAUCGAAGUGUUGCACCAAUUCCAUUCUGGGAAAUUCCAAUUUGGAAAGACAUUUCACCACGGCAGAGAAAGGUUAAUGAAGCACUCAAGUUGAUAAACAGUACACUUGAUGAUCUGAUUGCAAUAUGCAAGAGGAUGGUAGAAGAGGAAGAACUACAGUUUCAUGAGGAAUAUAUGAAUGAAAAGGAUCCUAGUAUUCUUCACUUUCUUUUGGCAUCAGGAGAUGAUGUUUCUAGCAAGCAACUUCGUGAUGACUUGAUGACAUUGCUCAUAGCUGGGCAUGAAACAUCUGCUGCAGUGUUAACAUGGGCCUUUUAUCUUCUCUCCAAGGAACCUAGUGUCAUGUCUAAGCUCCAAAAUGAGGUGGACUCUGUUUUAGGAGAUCGGUUUCCAACUAUUGAAGACAUGAAGAAACUUAAGUACACAACUCGAGUGAUCAAUGAAGCAUUGAGACUCUACCCACAACCACCUGUCUUGAUCCGUCGUUCUCUUGAGAAUGAUGUGCUUGGAGGGUACCCAAUAAAAAGGGGUGAAGAUAUCUUUAUUUCUGUAUGGAACCUACACCGGUGCCCAAAACAUUGGGAAGAUGCAGAUAAGUUUAAUCCUGAAAGAUGGCCUUUAGAUGGACCAAAUCCAAAUGAGACAAAUCAAAAUUUCAGCUACCUGCCCUUUGGUGGAGGACCACGGAAAUGUGUAGGCGAUAUGUUUGCUUCAUUUGAGAAUGUUGUAGCAGUUGCAAUGCUUGUUCAACGGUUUAACUUUCAAAUGGCAGUUGGAGCACCCCCAGUCAAUAUGACUACUGGUGCAACAAUCCACACGACACAAGGGUUGAAGAUGACGGUUACAAGAAGGACAAAACCUCCUAUAGUACCCAUAUUAGAGACAACGAUGCUGAAAGUGGAUGAAACUGGUGGCGUUUCAAAAGAGAACCCGGUAAUUAGUCAGAAAGGUGAAGUUUCUCCUGCUCCUUCAUAGCUACCAUGCACUCGGCAAGUUGCCAUAUUCUACCGACAGUCUCAUAUUCAUCUUACUAGGGGAAGGUAGAAGAGAGCAAAAAAGGAAAAGGUCCAACACAGGGUUCUCCAUUUUCAAAGUUCAAUAAAUUUCCCCUUCAUAAAAUGUUUGUAGCUUUUAUGUCAUAAGUUGUAUUAGUGAAAGGUUCAAUUGUAGCAUGUGUCAUGAUUGCUCUACCACUUGAUAUUACAUCUUUUUGUCCCAUGUAGUAUGUGUAUAUGUUGCUUUUUCUGCCUAUAGUCUGUACAGAUAGUUUUAGUUAUUCAUGGAUAAGUAUACAUUUCUAGUUUUGAUCAGUAAUUGUCAUCUUGGAAGGAUUUUCCGUUCUUCUUUGUAUUCUACCAA